UAGACAUAGAUGUUAAUGAAGAUGUUGAAAAGGCUGCAACAGAAGAUGCUAAUGCUGAAGAAGAAGAUACAGUAGAUGAAGACGGUACUCGUGAAGUUUUGAAAGUAGACGUUGCUCCUUUCAAGGCCUCCCAAGAUGUUAAGGCAGAAACAAGACCGCAGCGAGGUGACGGUGAAACAUGGAGGGGCAAUCGGCGAUCGACGCAUUCUACAAAAGAAGACGGAGAGUAA